GACGGGCGUCCCGGCGGCACAGGGCAGCGCCGCGGGGGCGUCCACCGCCGCCACCGCCAUGAGCGGCCCCUACCCGGAGGAGAGCUGCCCCGAGCGCCCCGAGUGUAAAAGUAAAUCGCCAACUUUGCUGUCUUCCUACUGCAUCGACAGCAUCCUGGGACGCCGGAGCCCCUGCAAGGUGCGGUUGCUGGGAGCCGCUCCCGGUUUGCCCCCCGUCGCCUCCCGCCCCGACGCCGACAAGACCGCGCAAGGGUCCCCCAAGGGCAGCCCUCCCUUCGAGCCGGCCGAACUACACCUCCCCCCCAAACUGCGCCGGCUCUACGGCCCGGGCGGGGGCCGGCUGCUGCCGCCGGGAACGGCGGGGCCGCGGGGGGACCGUCCGGAGGGGCGGCCGGAGGGGGGAACCGGCCCCGUGCCCGCCACCGCCCCGUGGGACACGCUGAAGAUCAGCCAGGCCCCCCAGGUCAGCAUCAGCCGCAGCAAAAGCUACCGCGAAAACGCUCCCUUCGUGGCACCGCAGCCCACCCGGGACGAGCUGGGCAGCCCCGCCGCUCACGUCGAGGAACGGCCGGGCCCCGCCGCGCCGGCCGCCGAGGAGGAGGAGGAGGAGGAAGAGGAGGACGAAGAGAUGCUAGAGGAGGAGGACGAGGAGGAAGAGGAGCUGGAGGACGACGAGGAGGAGGAGGAGCUGCUGGGCGAGGACGGCGGGGGGCUGCUGAAGGAGGCCCGCCGGGGCCCCGCCGCGGCCCCCGGGGCGGAGGGAGGGGAUCUGUCCCCCAAGGAGGAGCUGCUGCUGCACCCCGAGGACGGGGAGGGCAAGGACGGCGAGGAGAGCGUCUGCCUCUCGGCCGGCAGCGAUUCCGAGGAGGGGCUGCUCAAGAGGAAGCAACGCCGUUACCGCACCACCUUCACCAGCUACCAGCUGGAGGAGCUGGAGAGGGCCUUCCAGAAAACCCACUACCCCGACGUCUUCACCAGGGAGGAGCUGGCCAUGAGGCUCGAUCUGACCGAAGCCCGAGUGCAGGUAUGGUUCCAGAACCGUAGGGCUAAGUGGCGGAAGAGGGAAAAGGCUGGGGCUCAGACACACCCCCCAGGUUUGCCUUUCCCUGGUCCCCUGUCAGCAACUCACCCCCUCAGUCCAUACCUUGAUGCUAGUCCUUUCCCUCCUCACCACCCAGCUCUAGACUCCGCCUGGACCACCGCCGCCGCCGCCGCCGCCGCCGCGGCCGCCGCCUUCCCCAGCCUCCCGCGCCCCCCCCCCGGCUCCGCGGCUCUGCCCCCCGGCGGGACCCCCCUCGGCCUCGGCACCUUCCUGGGGGCGGCCGUGUUCCGCCAUCCCGCCUUCAUCAGCCCCGCUUUCGGCAGGCUCUUUUCCACCAUGGCCCCCCUGGGCAGCGCAUCCAGCGCCGCUGCCCUGCUGCGACAACCGGCCCCGGCCGCCGAGGGGGCGGUGGGUUCGGCGGGGCUGGGGGACCCGGCCAGCGCUGCCGCCGACCGGCGGGCCUCCAGCAUCGCCGCCCUGAGGCUGAAGGCCAAGGAACACGCCGCCCAGCUCACCCAGCUCAACAUCCUCCCCGGGAACAGCACGGGGAAAGAGGUGUGCUAAAAGAGGCGGGUG